AUGCAACAUGAAAUCCCAGUCCACACAUUUGGAUUUGGCAACGACCAUGAUGCAAACAUUAUGCAUGCUAUUUCUGAUGCAUCAGGGGGAACCUUUUCAUACAUUGAAUCAGUUGGAAUGAUACAAGAUUCCUUUGCUUUGUGCAUUGGUGGUCUUCUCAGUGUUGUGGCUCAAGAACUUCGCCUCACAGUAAGGUCAGCAUCUUGUGCGGUGAAGAUUGUGUCAAUACUAUCAGGGAGACAUGUCAGCCAGAUUUCUGAUGAGGGCCGGCAAGGUGAUGUUGAUAUUGGAAACAUAUAUGCAGAAGAGGAGAAACAGUUUCUGGUCUACCUAUCAGUUCUACCCUCGGCUUCACAUGUUAAGAUGCCAUUGUUAGAUGUGACAUGCGUGUACAAAAAUCUUGCUUCAAAUGAGUUGAUGCAGGAAGUGUCUUUGGAGGUUGAUCGGCAGCGGAACAGGGUUUUGGUGGCUGAAGCUAUUGGAGAGGCUAAAGGGUUGGCAGAGAUGGGAAAUAUGGAGGGUGCAAGGGCCAUUUUGACUCAACAAAGAGAAACUCUCUUAACAACACCAGCAGCUCAAGCUGGGGAUGGUCUCAGCAGUUUGCUUGAAACAGAGCUUAGAGAGAUCAUGAUUAGAAUGUCAACCAAGGAGUCGUAUGCUCACACUGGGCGUGCUUUUGCUCUCUCAGGAAUGAGCUCUCAUUUACAACAGAGAGCCACAGCUAGGGGUGACACAGAUACAUCAUGUCUCUCUGCUGGUUUUGGUGCCUCUAGGGCUUUUGGUGGCUCCUCUGGUUUUGGUGCCACAGCUGGUUUUGGUGCUUCUACGGCUUUUGGUUGCCCAUCUGCUUUUGGUUUCUCUUCUGGUGGCUCCGCGGCUUAUGGUGCUGCUGGUUCUCUAUACAGCGCAGGACCAACUUUUGGUGCCUCUGCUACUGCUGGUGGAGGUGGUCUACGGGGUGCCCCCGUGAUGUUUGGUGCCCCCGUUGGUGCGUAUGAAACACCUGCAAUGCUCAGAAUGGUAGAAAAAUCAAAGAAUACAGGCCUCCAACCAAAACAACAGGCUGAUACAUUUUAG